AGUUUUCUCCAGACCAGUCUUCUAACAUAAUUCCCGAAACUCCACAAAGAAUUAGUUUCGUUUUUAAGAUCUUACUUGAUUCGUUCGAAAAUUUUGACGAAACUUGAAUGUCUUAGGUAAAUGUUGUCUGGUUAAAUUUGUAAGUGUCUUAUUUUCUAAGAGGUUGAAAUGAAAACUAAUAAGAAACACCGAAUUUUCUUGAUCGCACUAAAUGCAAACUUAGCUAAUUUUGCCUUUGGAACGUGCCUUGGAUGGUCAUCACCUAUUAUUCCAAAACUUAAGUCUACUAAGGAGGAAAAUUUAGGAAAUCCAUUGAAGUUUCCGAUUGGCAGUGAAGAAGAAGGAUGGAUAGCAUCAAUCAUUACUCUGGGAUCGUUGUGUUCCUGCAUCAUUGGUGGUCCUCUUGGUGGCUUCAUUGGACGCAAAUGGUGUCUUGUAGCUAGUUCAUUAUUACUUUCUGCAUCGUUUGUUUUGAUGAUGAUUGCAAACAAAGUUUCAGUAAUCUACUUUGGUCGUACGUUGCAGGGCUUAGGUGGAGGACUAAUUGUGACCAAUCUGCCAUUGUAUGUUGGAGAAAUAGCCACAGAUGAUGUUCGAGGAGCCCUGGGAUCUCUUAUGGCACUUAAUUUACUUGCUGGAAUCAUUUACGUUUACUGUAUUGGUCCAUAUGUAAGCUUCUUCGCACUACAAUGGUUUUGUAUAGCUAUUCCGAUUUUGUGUCUUGUAACAUUCAUGUUACUGCCAGAGAGCCCUUAUUUUUUCGCAACUAAGGGAAUGCGAUCAGAAGCAAUAAAAUCCCUGAAAUUUCUACGUGGUAAAGAAGAAUCCGAAGUCGAGGAAGAAAUGGACAAAAUAAAAACCCACGUCGACGAGGAAAUGUCACGAAAAGGAAAACUAACUGAUAUUUUCCUCAUCAAAGGCUACAGGAAGGCACUAAUCAUUUGUUGUGGUCUUCUUGCUCUUCAACAACUAACCGGUACUUCGGUUAUCACCUUCAAUAGUCAAUCGAUAUUUAGCAGUGCAAAAUCUACUCUAGAUCCAGCUGUAUCGACGAUCAUACUCGGAGUUGUGCAAAUGUUAUCAAAUUUACUAACACCCUUUGUGGUCGAACGAACGGGCCGUAAAAUAGUUCUUCUUAUAUCAGCAUGUGGUAUGUGCGUUACUUUGGUAGCACUUGGAGCGUUCUUCUAUAUUCAAGCCUAUGGCAAUGCCACCAGUAUCAAAUGGCUUCCAGUUCCAGCCUUGGUCUUAUUUAAUGUUUUGUAUUCUUUUGGCUUUGGACCUCUGCCUUGGGCUUUACUUGGAGAAAUACUUCCAGUUAAUAUAAAACCAAUUGGGACUUCGAUUGCAUGUGCUGUUUCUUUCAUUACGGGAUUUGUGGUAACACGAUUUUUUCCCAGUCUAAAUGCUUUGGGUCCCUAUUAUGCUUUUUGGAUUUUCGGAUCAAUGUGUAUUGUCGCAGUUUUUUUUGUAAUUUUUGUAAUGAUCGAGACAAAGGGAUUAAGUUUACAAAAGAUUCAAGAAAAACUACAUUCAUCAUAGAAAAAUGAUAAAAAAAAUAAAAGUUUGUCUAAUAAGAUUAAAAAAUUAAAAAAACCU